GACUAGACUCCACGCACGCAAACGCAAAUGACUUUCCCCUAAAAGUCCAAACCUAGACUCUAGACUCCCCGAGGCGACGCAGCCGAGCACGACGCCGCCUCCCGCCGACCCACCGGUCCCUCCCUCCUGCCCCCAUCCGCCGGAUCCCCCACCUGCUUCUGCCCCCGCAGCGCCGCCUCUCUCUCGUCCUAGUGGAGCGGGGAUCCGUCCGGCCGUUUGUUUGGUUUAUUCUUCCGUUGGUGGUUCUUCAGCGGUCAGCGAGCGAGAUUGAUAGAUCUCAGUUGAUGCCUCGCCAUAGGAAUUACCUGCUGAUACCCAGUUUUGGUGCGGCUGUGGUUUAUCUUUUCCCCGAAAUUUUGGGGGUUCAAAUGAACCCCUAUCAUGAUUAGCUGCAAGUCCACCCCGGGGACACGGUGUUUUGGUGAUUGAAGUCAGUCUCUAAUAAACGCGCAGCUGUUGAUUUUGCUGGGAUAAACCAUUUGGCUGGGACCCGUAAAGAGUUUGAGCAGAACCUGAAGUUGAAGGCUUGCAGCUAAUCAUUAUUAUCGUCAAAUAGUCGUUUGAGAUUAUAGCAAAUCAUUACACGGAUUCAUCUAAAGAAUCAUUACAUGGAUUGAUUGGAGACAUCAAGCUGUUUGUACCGUAUCACAGACUAUCAGCCACCAUGUUGUGUAUUGAUGGAAAUGCUAAGUUUUAAUGAAAGGCUGCAUUUGUUAGAGUUAAGAGUUUGGUAGGAAGUUCAACAUGGGUUCAGGAAAUCUGAUUGUGAAGAAGGUGGCAAGGCACACCUCAUUUGAUCUGGACAUACACCUUGAUAAGAGUUGGAUGGAGGAUGUGACUUGCCCAAUCUGCCUGGAUUACCCUCACAAUGCAGUCCUACUGAGAUGCACGUCUUACGAGAAGGGUUGCAGGCCAUUUGUCUGUGAUACCGACCAGACCCGCUCAAACUGUCUCGAGAGAUUUAAAGGUGCAUAUGAGCUUCCUGCCAAUGCAAAAGUUUCAUCUAUAGCCGUGGCUCCUCUUGACAGCAUUCAUAUUGUGUCAUCUAAUGCAAACAACCGCCCAAGCUGCCCCUUGUGUAGAGGUGAUGUAAUUGGAUGGAUUGUUAUCGGUGAGGCUCGGAUGCAUCUUAACCAGAAGAGAAGAUGCUGCGAAGAGGAUUGCUGUUCGUUUGUUGGUAACUUCAAUGAGCUCCAGAAGCAUACACAACAAAAGCAUCCAGAUUCACGCCCUUCAGAAAUUGAUCCUGCUAGGCAAGUUGACUGGGAGAACUUCCAGCAAUCUUCUGAUAUUGUAGAUGUGUUGAGCACAAUACAUGCACAAGUUCCUAAUGGAAUAGUUCUGGGUGAUUAUGUCAUUGAGUAUGGGGAUGAUGACACUGGAGAAGACUAUGAAGUUUUCCGCAGGGUUAGGACAAACUGGUGGUCCUGUAUUUUUUGCAAGGCAUUUUCGAGAUCUUCAAGAAGCCGUAGAAGAGCAAGAGCAAGGGAAAGAAGAGGUAGUAGUGGAAGGAGGAGCAGCAAUCAGGCUAAUCUGGAAAACUUUAAUCUCGAGGUUCCCACACAAUCUGUUGAAUUGAGGGAAAUCAGAUUCGAUGAAAUUGAUGAUGAAUACAUAGUCACAGGGGCCAUUCCUAGUAUUUCAGCACCUGGAAGAAUGGCCAGUUUUCACUACAGGGAUACAAGAUAUGGACGGUGAUGUAUAGAAUCAGCUGUUAUGUGAUGCACUGAUGCAUCAGUCAUCAGAACCAUUGUACCACCGCACAUUUAAGUUUCUUUUCCGCCUGUCUUUUUGUGCAUAAAAAGUAGCAACAGAACUCCGUUGUUCGUUUGCCACAGGUCUCAUCAUUCUAGUUUUAUUUUGUAUAUAUUUAGCACCCAUCUCUAUAGUGAUGUUGGUGACAAAGUUCUUUCCGAAAUGCUGCAUCUACGAUGUAGCACGGUUUUACAUAAAUGCCCAGACAAAUUUCAGUUC